AGUGAGUGAGGCGACAGAGCGGAGGUGACAGCGGAGAAUGGAGAGGAGCCCGUCCGCCCGGCGAGCUUUGACCGCGGCGAGCGAGGACAACCCACUCGGUCCUUUCCUUCUGGAGCCAGCGUGCUGAAAGAAACCGGGAGGAAUUAACUGGGGGCAAAGGAAAGGAAUGGCUGAUCCUCUGCGGAGGACUUUAUUAGCGAAACUCCGGGGGAAGAAAUCCAAGAAAGGAGCGACGGUCGGCGGUGGAUACGGCUCUGCUGCUGCAGCUGCGGCGAAUGGGGGCCGAGAAGGUAAAGAAAAAGUUUUGCAGGCGCAGCGAGACUCCGACGAGACUCGCCCGGUAGCGUUGCUCACAGGGCUGGAUUGCACGACAGAGAGAAUGAGUACAUACGAGAAUUGUGUUGACGGGGCGAUGGUGCAAACAGGGGGGGUUAUGAUAGUCCGGGAGAGCCGCGCAGCAGAGCUGGCCGACGCACGUCCCCAGCAGCGGAACAGCGGGGGUAGGGUUCGGGUUAAUGAGGAGCUCCUGGGGGUCUCACUUCAAAGAGACGUGCAGUUUGGGGGACGUGUGUUAAGUGAGGGGGAUAGGAACCACCAAGGGCCCAGAUCCGCGGAGAAAAUCACGUUACCGGCGGGGGUCCCGCUCGGAGAACCGCAUGUCCACAGAAAACACUUCGUCUCGGUCCCGCGGCAGUGCAGCGUCGGGGAUUCAAUCGGGUUUGGGGACAAUUCAAAUCACGUUUUGUACCGAGCACGGGUAGAGGCGCAUACCGGGUGCGGUAAACUGCCAGAGGUCCGGGUAACUGCUGCUGAUCGUGAGGGGACAGAGCCCAGAGACAGAGGACAGUCCCGGCACAUGGCAGGGACUGUAGUGGCUGUACACGAACACAACACCGACCGGAGUUUUGACAACAACCCAACUCUGGAGACAAACUCACCAAAUUGCACGACACGUGUGUAUCUGAACUGUAGGCCCAGAAACACGGAAGAAAACAUUUUAAUCAGAAAUAUUGAGAGCUAUGAGCCGGAGUAUGCAGGGGACAUCAGAGGGACUGCAGGCGGUCUGCAGAGCCCGACGUUUUUCCCUACUGAGUUGGAGAUAUGCGAUGUUAACAUGGCAUCCCUGUGCGCCACAGAGAGCGCGCUUAGUUACCCUUUAGACAGCGAAGACGAGGAUUAUUAUGAUAAUGAAAUUCUGCCUUUUUAUGAAACUGUCAGAGUAAAAAGUGAUGGUGACAGAGCAGAGGCUGCAGAGCUGCCACAGUCCAGUCAGGACAAAGGACAGCUCGAUGACUGUAACAGUGCUCAGGAAACAAACAGGCUUAGGACCCAGCUGAAAGAAGCUUAUUACCUUCUCAUCAAUGCUAUGAAUGAUAUAAACCUGGAUGUCCAGCAGAUUAGUGGUGGUUUAACUGAGCAGCAGGCCACCUCCUCCUGUAGUAGCCACUCCAGAGACAGUCUGUGCUCGCGGUUGUCUGCCAGAAACAUAGACAGUGACUCCUGGUCCUCAGGAGGAGACCACAGCCCUCAGCAGGUGUCUGACACUGACUCACUCCUGCUCUGCCUCAGUGGGAAUUUUGAGUCAGGUCUCAAAAGCAGGCUGAACAGUAAGAGUAUGGUGAACCUAUCUUUGACCAAGAUAAGACCCACAUUACUGCGCUCUGCUAGUGACGGAGCUAUCAGCUCUCCAGGUGGACUCUCAGGCUGUAUUCAGGUCCCUGGAACACAGAAUCCAAAAAUCUGUAAUGAUAAAGAGCCUGCAGACACAAAAGAAGCUGAAGGAGCUAAAGUCAGAGGAAAGGAUGAGCUGUCAGACCACAACGCCAUCAGCAGUGAUGAGCUGCUACAAGAUGCUGGUGGUGAGGAGGACCGUGGCGGACAGCUCAAUGAGAGCAGCGGCUCCGUCAACAGCCUCACAGGUUCUUCAGACAGCAAUGCUGAGGCAUCAAUACAUCAGGGUCAUGACAACAAGCAGGAGUUGAUCAGAGUUCGAGCGCCGGGGACCAACUCUGUCAACAAGGGCCACGGUGUCACUGUCAACAAGAUGCAAGAGUGGAUGCACAAGGGCCGCUUGCUGUCUUCAGAGAUGAAACAGCGUAUAGAGGGCUCAUCUUUGCCCCGUGGUGGAGGCCAAAGCCAGGAUCGGUCCUGCCCUCAGGCUAACAUCGGAGGGUCUAAACCGGGGGUCCAGACAUCCAGCCGAGGGGUUAAAUCUGCCAAGGCAAAAUCUCCUACGGUCAAGUCACUGCAGCAGCAGCAGCAGCCAGCUUUCAUUGAGAAUGUCCAAACCCCCUGUGCUAACGUCCAUGAGGUGGGCAGAGCCACUGAGCCUUCAGCAUGGAGGCAGCCGCUCACCACCAUCACCGUCUCCAAGAAGCGCAACUGGCUGCAGCAGAGCUCCCUUGGGAAGAAUCACUGCGCCAAGGAUGAGCCACAGGGAAUGCUGGGAGCUGAGGAGGAGGGCGGUCAGGGCUCCCAUCAACCUCCUCCUCCUCCCUGUCCCUCCCCAGACCACCUGAGACCCUUAGGGGGAGCCCCACCGCGGCCGGUCCGCCUACAGCUGCCUCAGGUCAGUGUUGGUCAGGCCAAGGUGUCUGCUCACCGUCGGAGCGUGGACCCAGCCGAGGAGAACGACGCAGACGAUGAAGGAGAGAUCUGGUACAACCCAAUCCCUGAGGACGAUGAACCGGAGAUGUCUCACCGGCCCUCUGUUCGGCUGCUGGUCCCCCCUCGAACAGAGCCCGGGAGGAGGCCCAGCAGGGGAGGAGAUGUGGGUCAUGGUGGCAGGAUAUCGGAGGGCAGCGGUGGCGUUGGGCCGGAGGCGUUCGGUGAAGGCCUCGGUGGCGGUUCAGGAGAUGGGAGUCAGGGGAAUGCUGUACAUUCCACAGAGGCACUACAUCUGCACAGACAGAUGCUCGCGUGCAAACCUCAGGAGGAGGGGGGGCCUUCCACAAGCAGAGCCACAGAUUGUCCUGACCUGCCCAAUGCUGUCAGCUUCUCCCCUCCCUCCAGCCCAAACCCAACCAAGAAGAGCAGCUCCAUCAACUGGUCCUUCCCAGACAAGAUCAAGUCCCCACGUACUGUGAGGAAGAUCUCCAUGAAGAUGAAGAAGCUCCCAGAGCUUAGCCGGAAACUCAGCGUCAAGGGGACCCCGAGUAGCAGUAACAGCAACAACGGCAACGGAAGCAGUCAGUUGGAGCCGAGAGCCCAUUCUCCCCGAAACAACAGGAGCGGAUCGGAGGCCGGCCCCCAGUCUUCAGGCCCUCCUAGAUUAGCAGCAUCUGGGGGUGGGCAGGCGAGCCGUAACGUGAUCUCGCGCUACCACCUGGACAGCAGUGUGUCCACACAGCACAGCUUCAGCAAGAAGAAAAGUAGCGGCAGCUCAAAGUCCGCCAGUAAAGGUGGCUACCUCAGUGAUGGUGACUCACCAGAGCUGGUCGCCAAAUCUGGCAAACACGGCUCUGCAGAGGGGAAAGGAGGUAAAGGCAAGGAGAUGGAAGGAGGCGGAAGCUCGAAAAUCAGUGGCACAGAGCUGGACAUUGAUGCUUUCCGCCAUUACAGCUUCACAGAGCAGCCCAAGUGCAGCCAGUACAUCUCUGGACUCAUGAGUUUGCACUUCUACGGUGCUGAGGACCUCAAACCUCCACGCAUUGACUCUCGAGACGUCUAUUGCGCCAUCCAAGUGGACUCAGUUAAUAAAGCACGGACCGCUCUCCUUACGUGUCGUACUACCUUCCUAGAUAUGGAUCACACCUUCAACAUUGAACUGGAGAACGCCCAGCACCUGAAGCUGGUGGUGUUCAGCUGGGAGCCCACGCCAAGACGCAACCGUGUCUGCUGCCAUGGCACGGUGGUCCUGCCCGCGCUCUUCCGGGUGACGCGUUCUCACCAGCUGGCGGUGAAGCUGGAGCCGCGUGGGCUGAUCUACGUCAAGCUGAGCCUGAUGGAGCAAUGGCAGAACUCGCUGGACGGUGGGCCAGAUGGAGACAGGGAGCCCCAGGUGUUUGGUGUGGAGGCGUGGCGGGUGGUGGAGAGGGAGAACACGGGACUGAUGGUGCCACUGCUUAUAAGCAAGUGCAUCAAUGAGAUUGAGAAGAGAGGCUGCCAGGUGGUGGGUCUCUAUCGUCUGUGUGGAUCUGCAGCAGUAAAGAAGGAGCUACGUGAGGCAUUUGAGAGAGACAGCUACGCCGUGGAGCUGUGUGAAAACACGUAUCCUGACAUCAACGUCAUCACAGGAGUCCUGAAAGACUACCUACGAGAGCUACCCUAUCCUCUGAUCACCAAGCAGCUGUACGAAGCCGUGUUGGAGUCCAUGGCCGUGAGGCCUCUGCGUAUGGGAGCGGCAGGCUGCGAGAACGACCAGGCCGACUCAGAGCACACCGUCAGCCUGCUGGAGAACCUGCCAGAGGUGGAGAGGAUGACACUGCGGAAGCUUCUUGACCACCUGAAGCUGGUAGCGUCCUACCAGGAAGUGAACAAGAUGACAUGUCAGAACCUGGCGGUGUGUUUCGGCCCAGUGCUGCUCAGCCAGCGGCAGGAGGCGUCCUGCCACACCAACCGAGUCUUUAUCGACUCCGAGGAGCUGGCCAGCGCUCUGCACUUCAAAAAGCACAUCGAAGUCCUGCACUACCUGCUUCAGCUUUGGCCAGUUGUGGACCCACACGGCCAGUCCUCCUUUCAGCCCCCUGCAGCCUCUUUGGCACCUGCCCCCUCAGACCAGCUGUUAGCACCUCCUCUACGGCGAAGAAAAGAGCGCCCCCAGGUCCUGAACCUCAGUGAAGCGGAGAUGGCGGGUGUUCUGCGGCCCAAACCAGGGCGCCUGGACAGCCCGAGUAACCGAUACGCUGGUGACUGGAGCGGCUGUGGCGAGAGCUACUUCCCGUCUGAAAUGCUGCUGCCUCCCAGCAAAGAGGAGGCGGACUAUGAUGACGUGCCCUCUGAAGAUACAGAGGCAGCUGAGGAGGAGCAGGAGAAGCCUGAAGAUUCAGAGGAGGAUAAAGGGCAGAAGGUCACAAACCCUGCAUAUGACCCCACAGAGCAGGAGCAACCUCCAAGAGAGGAGGUGGUGAAGGAGGGGGAAAAGGCGGAGGAGGAGGAGGAGGAGGACACGCAAGAAGAGAGUGAUAGUUCAGGCAAUGGGCAGCCAUUAGAAGAUGAGGCGGAAGAGGAGAGGGUGUGCAACCACAUCCUGCCGCCUCGGCUUCCAAAAGAGCACACCUACCAGGCCUACAUGAAGAUCCAGGACAUCAGCCCCGUGCUGAGCAACAGAGUCAACCUUAGAGACCUGCAGGAGAGCAUCGACACUCUGAUAGGCAACCUGGAGAGAGAGCUCAACAAGAACAAGCUCAAUGUCGGAUACUGACUCCUACCACCACAGUCACACAUACACUCACACAUAUCUACUCACACACUCUCACAAAGCCUGAGGAGGUUUGGGGAAGACCUUUACUGUUCAAGGUGCUUCAGGAUACAGCCACAGUGUUUCCAUGGAGAUCCUGUGAGGUCACCAUGGCAAUGUGGCGUGCAGUGCUGCUGUAAAAACGUAAAGGAUGAGAUGAGAAGAAAUGUAACGUGGCACUUCUGGCGUUUGUACCUUACCCACAGACAUUCCUAAUGUUUUUUUUUUAUUUUUCUUUUAUUUUGUUGACUGUCUUACUUUAUGUUGUCGUUGAUGGUUUGUUUCAGUCCGGUUCUGUGUUCCAUGUUGUUAUUGUUGUUUCUCUUCUUAUUAGAAGAACCCAUUGACCCCUCAGGGGUUUAAAAGGUGCCUUAAUUGUGUGAAGGUGGUACGUUGAGAUGAAAAUCCACCCUGGAAUAAAAUGCAUCCCCUCUUAUGAUCUUGAUACAGUGCUGGCACCAACGCUGUAUCAACACUAAGACUAAGAUGACCUCUAAGAUGUAUGUAGAGUUUUUACAUCAAGGCUACAGUAUAUUAUAUUUUUAGCAGGUACGAAUCCACCCUAGGUACUAUGGAGCUCUACUAGAUAGAUAAACAGUACUUAUUCUCUUUUUAAAAUUGGCCAUUUUCAUACCAAAACAUCCCAGUGCUUCCAGAGUUUCCCCAGUUCUUGGCAGAAUCUGAAGCAGCAUUUGGACAUGGGAUACUUCCGCAUCUAUUCAGUGGUAGGAAAACAUCUGGGAUACAUUAAGAAUUGGUUCCCAAGAAAAAUAUGUAAUUGAAUUAAUGAAAAAUAUGCAAAGAAGACAAAACCAUCCAAGGAAGCCCCUCUAUCAUUUUUGGCAGCAGAGUAAAUAUAUUCCAAUAUUUUGUUGAAUCCCACUUUUAUUGACCAGAACAUUAGUCUCUAAUGCUGAAUGGAAAACUCCAGGAUUUGUGUCUGAAUUCCAGAGUUUCAAGCUUCUAAACUUACUGUUUAUUAAAUAAGAUGCUUCAGAGAUUUAAUAUUGUUUUUCCAUUAAAUUCAGAGAUUUACAGUGGACAGAUUAAGAGCAGAACAGUUGAAAUCAAUGCAGCAGAGGCGGAGAUCCUCAAUUUUAUGGAUGAAAAACUCCAAAACUUUGGAUCCCACACUUCUACAUAUCCCACAUAAUGCCAUAGUGGAUUAUCAUAUAAUUUGUGUUUUCUAAGAUUAAGUGAAACUCCUUCACAAUGUUUCUUUAAUGCAAACCAGGCUCAUAGGAGGAACUUGUGCAUAUUCUGUUUCAGGGUGGAUUUCCUUUUUAAGGCAGCAGAGAGCUUUUCUAUUGAGGUAUGAAACACUAAAUGUUGUACAACAAUAAUGCACUUAUGAGGCAGGCAGUAGUGUAGAUUGUCAUUAUUGAUCAUGCAGUAAAUAUAUGCUGGCUGUGGACUGAAGUGAGGGAGAAACAGCCGCCACUGAAACCUCCUCUUAAAGAUAAAUAUGAUAGAAUAUGGGUUGAAAUUUAUUUACUUGGAGCAGACUUUUUCAGUGUUUAGACACCCAUCUGCAGACAGUUGCAUCUCUCUCUCUUUCAUGUGGCAUCAUAUUCAGUUUAGGCUUAAAGGAAUAGUUGAACAUUUGGGGAAAUGUGUUCGUUCAGUUUCUUGCUGAGUGAGAUGAGAAGGUCAACAUCACUCUCAUGUCUGUAGUAAGCAACAGCCAGAAGAUCCUUAGCUUAGCUUAGCACAAAGACUGGAAGCGGGGGGAAACAUCUAGCAUGUCACUAAUACAGUUACAUUUGUAAAAAUAGGAUUUGGUAUUUUUAUUUAAUACGUGCACUGUUGCCCAUAAAGUUGGAAUAAUUUUGUUUUCAGACACAUUCCUCUUUUUAUUCCUAUUUAUACACAUCAGUAAUCACAUUG